AUGCCAAGUAUCCAACAAGCGCGACGCUUUCCAAGUCUCGGUCCACCGCCCUCUUCGCGGAGAGGGCCUUCGUCGUACUACACGCAGAUGUCGUAUGUGUCACCCAUCGUCGAGGAGUCGGAGAACAACUCCUCAAGGAUACAGUCACAACGCGGGUCCUUUGCUUCUAGCAACGUAUUCCCGACUAACAAGGAUGACUUCUACCCCGAUGACGAUCUCUACUCGGAUGACGGCGAAACCAUAAACAGUCGCGAUACCAUCUCACCGACCCCGACCGACUCCGACGACCGAAGCGGCCUCGUACAGCAAUCGCCCGCCCUUCUGCGACAGGCGAGCUUGGGCAGGAGGACUAAGCCAUCGCUGAUGACUAUCAAGUCAGUGGACAGCUUUGGAAACAAGAAGGGUGGAUCUGAAGGGAAGAAGCCUGAUGGCUCUCGGCUUGGCGCGGGGGCCAUGGGCAUCGGAGCCGCAACACUCGCAGCGAGGGAUGGCAGUCCGUCGGGUAUUUCAAGACAUCCUCUCAGCAGGUCCGUCUCCAUGGACUCCAUAGACACGAUUGAGGACUUCAAGAGCAAGGCCGGAAACGUUGGGACUGCAUCACCACUCCAACAGGAAUUGCGACACCCCGGAAUGUCCGAGCGUGCUGGUAUGCGACGGCCCGCGAGGCUCGACAUGGACGCGGUCCGGGACGCUGAAGCGCGCGGCAGCUUAACGAGUCUGCCAGAUCUCAUUCGAAGAGCCACGCGACUGGCAGCGAACCUUGAUCGCGGACGCACAGCAAGUCGACUUGGUUUGGACUUUUGGGAAACUGGUGCUCCCGACAGGAACCAAGUUCGUCAAUCUGGAUUGUCUGAGAUGCUCGCCGCUUUCCCACCACCAGGUCAAGAAACUCCCAACCGCUCUGGCCGGGGUACCCCGAACUUCCGCAACGGCAGCAUGACGAAGUGGCCUUCAGGUGGUAACGGACGCAACGGUGCCACCGACUCUGGAUUCAGCAACGAAAAGCAGAAGCCGCGUCGAAGGUGCUGUGGUAUGCCCUUGUGGACAUUCAUCACGCUACUCAUAGUCUUGCUAUUCGUCAUCGCUGCCGCGGUCGUCAUUCCCGUGUUCCUAGUCGUCCUACCAAACCAGAGCAAGGCCGCCAAUACCUCUGCCGCUCAAGAGACUCAAGGAAGUAACAACGGAGGCAACACCGGGGGUAACAACAACAUGAACAAUCCCAACGCACCUGCUGCACCACUUCCCACGUCUGGGCCGGGUCAAGGGAACGACCAAUGUAGCGGUAUCAUUACCUGCCAGAACGGCGGUGUCGCCAUACUCAACGGCGACCGAUCGUGCAACUGUGUAUGCAUCAACGGCUUCACUGGAAAGACGUGUACGAACGACGAUGCUACUGGUUGCACCACAACCAGCAUCGAGGGCACUGCCAACAACGCCACGAUGGGCUCUGGUAUUCCUCGCCUGAUCGAGGUGACCGCCCCCAAGUUCAACGUUCCUUUGGAUGCCACCCGUGUCUUGUCGUUGUUCUCUCAGCUCUCGCUCAGUUGCGCAGCCGAGAACGCCCUCAUUACCUUCAAUGGUCUUGCUUCUCGUUCAAUCCCUCAGCGUCUUCAUUCGAUGGACUCAAGGACCGCACUUCACCCGUCGCGAACGCUCCCAGUACUCCAUCAUCCUCAUCCUGCGCAGGUCCCUGGUCAUCUAGCCAAGCGCCAAACGGUCGGCCAGGUCGACGAAGCCGAGACUUCCAACGAACAAGCCAAAGCCCAGACGGACAAGCUCGUAACCCAGCCCAUCUCGAGCAACAUCAAUGCUCUCGACUUUGCCCGUGUAGCGGUGCUCCUUGCGCUUCAGGAAAGCAAAGACCUAGACGUGGCCGCGAGCGCACAGGAGUCCAUACAAUCCCUACUCACAGACGACCGCAACGGGAACUCGAACAGCGGCAGCAUCGACGUCGGCCCCUUUGAACUAGAUCUCGUCAACUUCACAAUCGAGUUCCAGAACGGCACCACGAUACGCGGACCACAGAGUACCUCAUCCUGA